AAAAAUCAGCAGGCAUUCUCUUUCAGGCUUAGAAAGCAAAGGGAACAUUGACUCGGCCUGCCUUUCCACAUUGCAUGCUUGGCUGUAACAUUCCUACCCUGGCUGAGACUAUUUGACGAAGAAUACAAGUAUCAUAAUCAGCACCAGGGAUACAAUUUUUACUGUGCAUGCAGAGAAACAUCAGCAAAUAAAGCAGAAGAAAAAAGGAGCCUUAGUGACUGCAAACUAGCACAACAACAAAACGAAGUAUGGAUUUUCUGAAUCACAACUAUCUGAGUGCUGGGAGCACAUAUGACUACACAUUUAAUUUCUGGAAUGACUACUUUGGACUUUCUACCUUGGUGACUAAAGCCAAUGAUAACAGCAGUAAAAACAGUGGACCCCAGAGCCCUAACUCUAUCACUGAGUCCCUGAAGGCCAGUUUAGGGCUGGAGGAGACACUUUGCCCUUGUGUUGUCAGAGAUGAUGGGGGCACCAUGGAUUGCUGCUGCCCCUCAAGCCCCCCCAGUUCAAUCCUAGACUUGGAGGAACGCUUUUCAUUUUUUAACCCUUUUCAACACACAGUGACCAUACCACAGGACAGAGAGGCCUUCAGUAGUCCAUAUGAGAGUUUUGAUUUCUUUGGGAUGGAGAGGAGGGUUAGGAAAACAAGUGGACGAAGCAAACAGGAACCAAAGAUCUGUGUCUUCUGCAGGAAUAAUGGAGCACCAGAAGAGGUGUUUGGUUCCCAUGUCUUAAAGAGCCCAGAUGGAAGGGUGCUGUGCCCAAUUCUACGAGCCUAUACUUGCCCCCUUUGCAGUGCCAAUGGAGACAAUGCCCAUACCAUCAAGUACUGCCCCCUGUCCAAAGACCAACCUCCCCAGAGAGCACUAAAGGGAGGAAGGGCUGUAGGGGGUAAAAGACUGAAAAUCUUUUAAAUAAUAAUGAAAAACUGUGCACUGAAUCUCUUAUACCUGUGACUGUUUUGGGGCAGCUACCCUAAAGCCACAUUUGCUACUCUGCAUUUCAUUUUUGCUGCAGUUUUCUUCACUAGGUUUACAAACACAAAGCUUCUUUCUGCUAAUGCUUUCAAAAGGAAGUUGCUAAGAGAUGUGGAAUGCACACUGAAAGAGAAAUAUGCUACAAGUUCUUUGUUUCGGCCAGUGCACAGUAUUCUGGAAUGUUUCUUUUUUAUGAGAAUACAAGGUGAAGGUAAAAUAUUAUACAUCAAAAAGCAAUCUAUUGAUGUAUUUAAAAUGGACAUGCCUUUAAUGCAAUCAUAUAUAAAAUAAAACAUUUAUAAAGUGUAUAAAUUAAUAAAUAUAAAGUCUUUGUGAAAAUUACUGCCUGAUGAGAAAAUGGAGGGACAAAACAAGAGUCUUUCUACUAAAAGUAAGCUUUUAUUUAUUUUCACAUGGCUUUCUUAGGAAGAACAGAACCAGAAAGGGUACAUCUUUCAGUAAACUGUAUUAAUGCAAGGCAUAGUACUGUAUCUUAUAAGACUGCUAAGUCUGUAUUGGAUUUGCCAGUACACAAAACAGGAGAAGACAGAGAGAAAGAGAGUUUGUGUGUGUGUGUGAGUGUGCGUGUGUGUGUGUGUGUGUGUGUGUGUGUGUGUGUGUGUGUGUGUGUGUGUGUGCGCACGCGUGUGGUGUCUAUCUACAAAGUGUCAGUUUUGAAAGCCUUCCUUUCUUACUCUAUGCAUACCUGCAGAUUUUUUUGUUUUGGGUUGCUGCUAUACAUAUGUAUAUAAUAAAACAGCAAUAUUUAAAUAAUGCUGCAAAUACUUAAUCAUUUUUUUUUACUUCAGUCUUGGAGCUGAGAUGUUAGAAAUGUAUCAGCUCUGCAGUUGCAUAUAUAGCAAUCAUUCCAGUUUCUUUCUUGGACUUCAUUAAUACUUGAAAGUUAACAUUCCAAAGAAAUUAACUUCUAGAUAAUACUUCUGAGCAAAUGUCAGUAAAGUUCUUUUUGUGCCCUUUUUUUAGAGUACCAUAAUUACCAUGUUAGUCAUUUACAAAUUUACUUUAUUCAUCAGUCAGAUCACUCUACACUAAGAAAAUGUAUGAACUUGUCUUUAGAAAAAUAAUUACUCAAUGACAAAUUAAACUGUCAUAUUGACUGCACUGUAUCUUUCUGCGGUGUGUCUUAGAUAAAAGAGGAAGGGUCCUGUUACGUCUUUGAGUGACAGGAUAUAAAGGUAGAUAAGCACUGGAUAUAGUUGAAAUGCAUUGCUUUUCAGUGUUGUGUAAUGUCUUGAAUUAUUAUGCUGUGUGUGCAUGUGUGUGUGUGUUUGUUGGGGGACGGGAAUGACAGGGCUUCUGCUUAACGUUAAUAGCAUACUGGUUACAGGGAAGUAGCAGAAAGUGCUUUAAAGUAAAUAAAGACAAUUCCCCUACCUUUUGUUCGAACUAUCUUAAAAAGUAAGGCAUUGCCACAAAAAAUGGGAAUUAAAGUGUUGAAUGUUAGCAACUGUUUUCAGUAAUGGUUUUGUUCUCUUGUAUGUAUUCUGUGUAUGGCAACUUUCAAAUCAGAUAUGAUGCAACAAUAAUUUAUGUAGUGAAUGUACUAGAACUUUUAAGGAAGGUGUUCUUUUUAGCUGUUUUUUUUCCCUAAGCAGGACUGCACAUAUCAUACAGUUUUGUUUACCAAAGUUGAAUGAAAAUCAAUUUUAAAUAAUAAGAGAUUUUUAAAAAGUAAAAAUGUAAUAGAUUUUGCUGUAUUGUAUAUAAAGUGCUUAAUGUAUAUUCAGUAUUUUAACACUUUUGACUGAGAAAAAAGAGGGUUGACUACCUCAAAACAGGAGAGAUUUCAAAUUAUUUCAGACUUGUACUUAUUGUAAAUGGUCAAUAAAUGCAGUUUAUAAAUAUAUUACUGCCAUUUGUAAUAGUUUUUAAUAGUAUUUUUGGAUCUUUGUAUAACAUAAUUGUAUUUUUUGCAUUACAUUUACAUUUGGAAGACAUUUUCAAAAGACGCUAUUGACACAUUUAUUGUUAGCAGAUAGAUUAUGUGAAUAAUUAAGAAUAAUCAUGAAUUUUUGAAAUUGUGCUGUAAAAUGUUCAUUGUUUUCCAAGAAAGAAAAGAAAAAUGAAGACAAGGCUUUAAAACUAGGACUUUUGUCAAGUGUAAUUGAAGUUUUUAUUAAAUGAAUUGUUAAUUUUUUAUUUAUAUUUUGUCACUAUCCUGUAUGCUGCAGGGCAGAAUCUAAGAUGAUGAAGUCACUACAUUAAUUAAAACAGCUUUACUGAAUAUUUUAAUCUCA